UCUCUCUCUCUCUCUCUCUCUCUCUCUCUCCUCUCCCCCUAUCUCUCUAGAAGGUGUAGGUGGAGUUACAGAGUAAUAUGUCUUCGCGCGAUAAGAAACCCUCCAAGUCCUCCAGCAGCAGCGGCCGGAUCGGCGGCAUACGAACUCUCUCCGAUUUGAAUCGCCCCUCCGGCCACGACUCCGAUAGCGACUCCGAUGCCCCCCAAGAAUACUACACUGGCGGUGAAAAGAGUGGAAUGCUUGUGCAAGAUCCUUCAAAGCCUAAUGAUGUGGAUGCAAUUUUUGAUCAAGCUAGGCAGCUAGGUGCCGUGCAAGGUCCUCUGGAAAACCUCCGACCUUCUUCUAGCUCAACAAGCUUCACUGGAGUUGGGAGGACACUGACAGGGGAAACAGUUGCACCUACUGCCCCACAACCACCUGAGUCUGUUGUGCACAAUAUUGUGUUUUGGAGAAAUGGUUUCAGUAUUAAUGAUGGUCCUUUGAGGAGAUUGGAUGAUCCUGAAAAUGCUCCUUUCCUGGAGAGCAUUAAAAAAUCUGAGUGUCCUAAAGAGCUGGAGCCUGCAGAUAGGAGGACCUCCGUUCAUGUCAAUCUCAUAAGGAGGGAUGAGAAUUGUCCAGAACCAGAGACACGCAAUGUUCCAUUUCAGGGUGUUGGAAGAACUCUGGGUGGCAGCUCAAACCCAGCAACUUCUGAGCCAACUGCAGCCACUCCCCUCAACACUGCUCCAACACCUUCAAUGGGCAUAGUAGUUGACAAAUCAUUGCCGUCAACUUCAGUUCAGCUUAGGUUGGCUGAUGGGACCCGCAUGGUGGCACACUUCAAUAACCACCACACUGUCGGUGACAUCCGCUCUUUCAUCAAUGCAUCUAGGCCUGGUGGCAGCGGGGCUUACGAAUUGCAAACAGGCUUCCCUCCCAAAGUCCUAAGCGACAACUCCCAAACCAUCGAGGAGGCUGGACUGACAAAUUCCGUCAUCAUUCAGAAGUAAUUAUCAUCAUCCAUGGAAAGCCGAGGGAGGCACUUGUUUCAUUUUUUGCAAUUGGUGCGCUCAAAUGAUCUAUAUAUUACUCGCGUAUAUUUCUACUUCUGCUUACAUUGUUUACAACUAAACGUAAAAACUACCCUUGACAGCUGUGAAGAUUUUCAGUUUGUUUGUAAAGCACGCAACCCUUAAGUCUGGGAUAUGUGAUGGAUUAGUUUUUACUUUGGAAAUUUUUUUAGACUUGCCAAACUGUAUGUAAAAAAUAAACCACUUCCGAACAGAUUAAAGAAAAGCAAUAGCUUUCUGUUCUA